CGAACGGAAGACAUACAAUCAAACAAAAGAGAAAAAAAAACGAAACCUGACUCCAAUCAUUGGUAUCGUUAUCACGACGUGCUCAUGUUGCUGUUGCUGCUGCUGAUGCUGUUUGCAUAAACAAAAGACCAAGGAGAAUUGAAAUAAUUUUAAUUUAUUGAAUAACAAAUUUCCUGGAGCAUUCCCACAGCGAGGGAGAGGCCAACUCAAAAUAGAAAACAAGGCGGAAAGCAAUGGCCAACUAGGAUAACUAACUUCUAACAAUUCCGACUUCUCCUCCUCCUCCUCCUCCUCUUCCUUCUCGCCACCAAGUGGUCGUGACAAACAUCUCAGCGUUUCAAUCAAAUUUCCACCUUCAUUCGUUCUCUCGUUUGCCUUGGCUUUGGGGCAAACACUUUGACAGAGAGUUAUUUCACCCAACAUUGUUUUGCAAAUUGCCAUUGCAGUGAAAUUUCAUUCAUUGAUAAUGCCCGGGACAUGUCAACGCCUGCGUCUGCCCUCCCUGACAUCGGUGCUAAAGUCAACGCGUGCCAACAGUGCGGACUAUCCCUCGUCGUCGUCAUCAGCAGCAUCGUCGGGUAACAAACGUUGCAACACCACAACAACACACUCAUCCGAUUUAAUACGCAAACAACAACAUCGCAUUGUCGUUAUGGGCGCUGCUAAGGUCGGCAAGACUUGCAUCAUCUCUCAAUUCCUCUACGACAAAUUCAAUCCCCGCUACAAACAGACAGUCGAAGAAUUGCAUCGUGGCGAAUACGAUUUGCCCGAUGGCUCAGCAUUGACACUGGACAUUCUGGACACAUCGGGUUCAUAUGAAUUCCCUGCCAUGCGAACCUUGUCCAUCAGCUCAGGAGCAGCAUUCAUCCUCGUCUACGAUGUGAAUGACAUUGAGUCAUGGUAUGAGGUGGAACGAUUGCGCAAUUUAAUUAUCACACAGAAGGGCACCAAACCACCCAUUGUUGUGGUCGGAAAUAAAAUCGACAUGGACGAGAGUGAGCGCCAGGUCGAAUACGAGGUAACUGAAAUGGUCGUGUGUGAAGACUGGCACUGUGGCUACAUCGAAUGUUCGGCCAAGGAAAACACGGGAAUCGUACAGAUAUUCAAAGAGCUUUUGGUGCAGGCCAACAUACGCUACAAUCUAAGUCCGGCGGUGCGACGAAGACGUCAAUCGUUGCCAUCGUUUACAUCGGCCAAAGGCAGCAAAAGUCCAUCGCAUCGUGGCGCCUUUAAACGACAUUCAUGCACCAUGACUUAAGGGAUUACAUGAACAAGGACUGACACUGAGAACAGAGCUAUGAUUUCGUGGACAUUGCCGCCAUACAUCAUCAUCAUCGUCAGCUGAGUUGGUGGUAGUGAAGAUGGAUAAUUGCUAUAGAGUCCGUUGUUGUUUUGGAAAUUUCACUGGAAGUUGUUUUUUUUUUUGGUUGGUCCAGGUAUUCAUGAAAUUACUCAAUGUCUGCAAUGGAAUUAUGAAUGUGAGUGUGUGAGUGUUUUUCUAAGAACAUAUGACAAUUGGAUUUAAAUGAUGACAAAUAAUAAAUUCUAACAAACAGUUGAAAUGCACCAAUUUACACAAGAAUAUAAGAAUUUGGGAAAAAAGUUUUGGGAGAGACAUAAGAAAAUAAAAACCAAUUUCAUACGCUGAAUUCGAAUUUGAGGUCGUUGUGAUGAAAAUUAUCUCCAAAUACUAAAGAUAUUUUAAAACUCAUUUUAAAUUGUAUUAU